AUGAUUAAUGAUAUGAAAGAUUGUUCAAGAAUAAAUAAUAAGUACGUUUAUAAAGAAAAAUAUCCCUUGUUCCUUUUACCAAUUAUACAUAAUGAUUGUGAGGCACUGUUGUACACUCAUCCUCAGAAAAUUCCUGAAAAACGAGUUAGUGCCAUUCAUAAAACAAUUUUUAUCAAAAUUCUGAAAAUAAAUUCUUGGAUUUUUGUUAGUCCAAACGAUGAAACUCUCACAAUAAAGUGUCAAAAUUUUGAAGACUCUAUUCGUUUAAACAAUUCAGGCAUUUUAGUACUUGCACCGCACUGUAUCGCUUUUACAAGUUCUGUCACGCUAAAGCCAAUUGAUACCAAAGAAGCAAAUGAGUCAUUCAUAAACACAAAUUAUUUUCAAAAUCUUGACAUUAAAAAUGAGAUCAAUAAUCAAGAUCUUCGUUUCAGUUUCAUGGAAACUUUGUCCUUGAAUAAAAGUAUUUUAGUACUUCCUGAUCAAAAUGAAAAAUUAGCAAAAAUUAGUUAUUCCAUCGAUGUAUUAAAAGCUAAGGAACAAAAGAUGUUAAACCAAAAAUCUAUUGAUUUUAACCAUAUUCAUCAUUAUAUUCUAGUAUAUUUAGUAGUGUUUUUAAUUGAUAAUUUUGAUGCUCUAUUAAAUAAAAUUGAUAGAGUUCUUAGUGGUGUCGAACCCCAACAGUCAACAUCUGCCACACCUGUUUCUUCCGAUGCGGAAAUAAUGAAUGAGGUUUUUGAACGCCAUAAACGUAUGAAUAACAUCAUGAUCUUCAAUUAUGGACCAAUCGCUGACCAACCUGAAACUGCCCAAGUAAGCAGUUUACUUUCCAAUAUAACUGCUCAGCAAAUUAACGUAUCCAAGGUUGCUAAGGUUGGCAAGCCUAACAAGAACGGCCACAGAGCCCUCAAAGUUACCCUAAUUAACGCCUCGGAUGUUGGUCUAAUUUUGAGAAAUAAAAUCAAAGCUAUAAGAGAUGAGCAAAUAUAUAUUGAAACUGAUAUGACACCAAAACAACGCAGCGAGCUCCACACUGUCAGAAGUGAACUAAACGAACACAACAAAGCUGCUGGUAUCAGGACAGAAUACCAUUGA